UCCCACCACUGCUUUAAAAUCCAGGGAAUUCACAAUUAUUGCAAUGCCUUCAGCUUUAGAUUAGACCAUCCAAAUCAAACACUGAAAAUUUAGUUGAAACGUCAAGUUUAAUUACCACCUGACGUUCGUUGUAUAUAUACAAUAGAAACGAAGAUCUGCAAUUGAACAGCAUGGAAGUUGAUGAAAGUAAUGCAGCGGGUUCAACUGAUACACCGAUGGAAGUUGACGAGGACAAUAGUGGCAAAAAUAGUGGCACCUCAUCGGCAAAUCCUCCUAGUGCUAUCAAAGUGAUGGCAUCUUCGGGUACCGUUGGCUCUGUUUCGAUCAGCCUCCAUCCUUUAGUUAUAAUGAACGUUAGCGAACACUGGACCAGACUUCGUGCCCAGGAAGGAACAGAUCAAUUAGUUUAUGGAGCACUUAUUGGCAAACAGAAAGGCCGCAAUAUAGAAAUCAUGAAUUCGUUCGAAUUGUUAUUUACCUGCAUUAAAGAUGAUAUUAUAAUUGAUAGAGAUUAUUACAAUACCAAGGAAGAACAGUUUAAACAAGUAUUCAGUGAUAUGGAUUUCCUCGGCUGGUACACUACAGGAGAUAUGCCCAAUGAUAGAGACAUAGCAGUGCACAAGCAGCUUUGUGAGAUCAAUGAAAGCCCUGUACUAUUGAAGCUUGAUCCAAGACCGAAAAAUACUGACCAACUUUCUGUUUCUAUGUAUGAAUCGGUGAUUGACCUGGUUAACGGAGAGGCAACGAUGCUCUUUGUUCCGUUGACUUACACGUUAGCCACAGAGGAAGCAGAGCGAAUCGGAGUAGAUCAUGUAGCUAGAAUGUGUAGCAAUGAUCAAGGGGAGAGUUCGUUAGUUGCGGAACAUCUUACUGCGCAACAUAGUGCAAUAAAAAUGCUCCAUUCGAGAGUGAAAUUAGUUUUGAAGUAUGUACAAGCUGUACAGAACGGAGAACUGAAAGGGAACCACGAAGUUUUGAGAGCGGCCUGUUCUCUAGGACACAGAUUGCCAGUUUUAAAUAAUCCGAAGUUUAAAGCCGAUUUUUAUAACCAAUGCAACGAUUUCGGCUUGAUGACUUAUCUCGGUAUUAUAACGAAAGGUUGUAACAACAUUAAUCAGUUCGUUAACAAGUUCAAUAUUUUGUACGAUAGGCAAGGUGUCGGUCGUCGCCUCCGAAGUCUCUUUUUGUGAUAAGGUAAUAGAAGUCAUUAAUAAUAAUUGUUUACGAUACUCUUCUUUUUACACCGUAAAUUAUAAUAAUUGCUCCUGGUAUUAAAGGAAUUCAUAUUGUAAGUCUUAGUAAUAUAUAACAUUGUAAGCCUUAAAAUUAAAUAUAAAAGCGAAGUGAAUCUUGA